CGUCACACAGUGUCAUAAAAUCCACACGACCAGCUACCUUGUGAGCGGCCCAUGAGAUGGUAAAAACUGGGACUAAAACCUUAACCGAGAACUCGUUCUGUGGCAUCCGCAAUCGCCGUGUGCGGAUUGCGUUCGUGCUGCGUGUGUUGUUCGUGCUGUGUUUGGGCUCGUUGCACGUGCUAAACCUUGCCCUAGCACCGGCAAGUGACUACAAUGGAGCACGCCCGGUAGCGAGAGUUGCUCAAGGUGGCCGCAAACUGCUAGCUAUUCCGCAAAGUGAGAUCGAGCUGCUGGAUCUGCUAAACGUAACGCUUCCACCGGAGUUCGAAACCAGCCCGUUUCUACCGGGCGGGGACAUCAAUGGGACCGAAACUAAUCGUACUGAGUUUGAGCGCAAUUGCACCCCGGCGGCCAUUUUUGAAUUCCCGUCAGAUGGGUUUACGCGCGAGGAUCGACGGCACGGUUGGAUACUGGUGCACGUCGUCAUAGCCUGCUACUGCUUUUGGCUGCUCGCAAUCGUUUGCGAUGACUACUUUGUGCCGGCGAUUGAGUUGAUGUGCAAAAAGCUGCAAGUGAAGGAAGAUGUUGCGGGUGCUACGUUUAUGGCGGCGGCAUCCUCCAGCCCGGAGUUGUUCAUCAACUGCGUGGGGACGUUCGUGACAAAGGGCGAUCUUGGAGUUGGAGCCGUCGUAGGGUCAGCUGUGUUCAACAUUCUCGCUGUGCCAGCCGUAUGUGGACUACUUGGUGGACAGGUCGUGCAGCUACGAUGGUGGCCCGUGACUCGGGACUCCAUGAUGUACGGAAUGGCGGUGAUAGGGCUGAUAGCAGUCCUUUACGAUGGGCGCGUGAUGUGGUACGAGGCCACGGUUUUGGUAUCGGCUUACGUGUUUUACAUUACAGCGAUGUACUGUAACGACACGAUCAACCGCUUUAUGUCAAAGACUUUCCGCCGAAAGUCCUACAUUAGACCUUACACAGAAGUUACCGAAAUCUCUCCUCUCCUGUCGAAUGGGGCCAACGGCAAGUCAUCCUCUACUGCGGCUGGUACUAAGAAUGGCUCCAACGGUCAGAACGCCUGCGACAGCGACGCGAGUGAUGACAGCUUUGAGGAAUACGAACUAGCGACGUCUCCGUGGAACCAUCGAGAUGACAGCCUUCUGGCGUUUGUGUGCCGUUGGCCGAUCACAUUCAUCCUUUGGGCGACCAUCCCGGACUGCCGUCGUUAUCCUCGGUUGCGCCUGGUCACGUUCUUCGCCUGCAUCUUCUGGAUUGGCAUCACAUCCUACUUCGUUGCGUUCCUGAUCACCGUAGUCGGUGACACGAUCGACAUACCGGACUCGGUGAUGGGCCUGACGUUCCUGGCGGCGGGAACAAGCGUUCCGGAGGCAGUGUCCAGCAUCAUCGUGACCAACCAGGGUCACGGUGAGAUGGGCAUCAGUAACUCGAUUGGCUCGAACACCUUCGAUAUCUUGCUGUGUCUGGGACUGCCCUGGCUAAUCAAAUCUCUCGCAUUCCCAGCCGUCCCGGGUGAACGAUGGGUGACACUCAACUCGACUGGUCUCACUUAUUCGGCCAUUUCGCUCCUGUCCACCCUGUGUGGGUUGUAUUUGGCGUUCUGGUUCAACCGUUUCAAGCUAGACUGGAAGGUAGGACUAACCUGUCUCACGAUGUACGUUGGCUUCCUGACCGUGUCCAGCCUGAUCGAGCUGAACGUGUUCUUCCCAGUGAAUCUGCCCACAUGUGCUCACUGAGCUCGAUGGCGUCAUGUUGGCGGAUUAGUGGUGUGAAUCUGAUCGAGCAUGACUGGUGUAGGGCCUAUUUGAUCGGAUUUGUUUGUUAAGUUGCAUUUCUGUAGGAUUUCUUUGGUUUUACCUGAUUUUUGCAGGAGUAGUAUCUGUCAAUAUAGAUUUUUAAGUGAUCAUUUCUUGUGCAGGAAGCGUAUAAUAGUCUAGCGUGUUAUGUACGACAGUUGGAUAAAAAUUGAGUAAUACACAAAAACUAAUACGACGUACUUGUUGUUUGAAGAAUAAAUGAAAGGA